UUAAAGGCCUAUGACCCCGCAGUACCACUUACUGAAAUUUAUCUCCACCUGUCUGAUUUAUUUCAUCACCUGCAAAAUGGGGGUGACCAGUGCCCCUGUCAGAGCUGAUGGGAAGAUUCAGUGAGCGCUGUAUUUGAAACACUUGAUCAGUGCCUCACGCACAGUAAGCUCCUUGCUGGUUCAGCCUCCCUUCCCAGAGCCCCUGGAAGCCAACUGUGUUUGGAAUUCAGAAUUCAGAGGAUAAUAAGAUGUGCUUAUAUAUCACAUGACAGCCCCAGCAGGGUCAUAACCAGACACUAAUGCUUCUGCAGCAAAACAUACGAAUAUUCACAUGAAGGGAGAAAGAUAAAGACUCUAAGUAGCUUCAGGUACAUGCUUGCUGAUUGCAACUGAUAAUCGAUUUUUAAAAAAAUUAUUUUCCUCUUUCAUCCUGAGAGAGCAGAAGCUGGUGAGGAAGGCACCAGCAGAGGCUGAGGUCAGUUCUGUGCUUCAGCAUUCUGGGGGUGCUUUAUUUCAGAUUCUCGCACAGCCUUUGAGAUGAUGGGCCUGGGAAACGGACGCCGGAGCAUGAAGUCGCCGCCCCUGGUGCUGGCCGCCCUGGUGGCCUGCAUCAUCGUCCUGGGCUUCAACUACUGGAUUGCCAGCUCCCGCAGUGUGGAUCUCCAGACUCGGAUCCUGGAGCUGGAGGGCAGGGUCCGCAGGGCGGCCGCGGAGAGAGGUGCCGUGGAGCUGAAGAAGAACGAGUUCCAGGGAGAGCUGGAGAAGCAGCGGGAGCAGCUUGACCGGAUCCAGUCCAGCCACGACUCGCAGCUGGAGAGCGUCAACAAGAUAUACCAGGAUGAGAAGGCGGUUUUAGUGAAUAAUAUCACCACAGGUGAGAAGCUCAUCAGAACCCUGCAAGACCAGUUAAAGGCCCUGCAGAAGAAUUAUGGCAGGCUGCAGCAGGGUGUUCUCCAGUUUCAGAGGAACCAGACCAACCUGGAGAGGAAGUUCUCCUAUGACCUGAGCCAGUGCAUCAAUCAGAUGAAAGAGGUGAAGGAGCAGUGUGAGGAGCGAAUAGAAGAAGUCACCAAAAAGGGAAAUGAAGCUGUCGCUUCCAGGGACCUGAAUGAAAAAAAGGACCAAGGCCAGCAGCUCCGAGCCCCCGACGAGCCUCAGCCCAGGCCACAGGAAGUCGACGUGCCCCAGGCAGAGGUGCCACCAGUGAAAGGAAACGUGCCCAGCGAUGGCGAGCCCCAGACACCAGCCCCCAGUUCUGAGGUGGCUUUGGAUUUGAGGAGACGAGGUGAGAAAGAGGAGACCAACGAGAUUCAGGCCGUCGGUGAGGAGGCUCUUCGGAGGGACGGGCCGGGGCUGCCGCCAGCACCGCCGGGCCCAGAGCAGGUGGCCGAUGAAGACAGGCCUGCAGGCGGAAGAGGCACUGGGGAAGCGGAGGCGGUGGGCCACACCCCGCGGGCGCCAGCAGCCUUGCUGGAGAGCCCAGAGAACCAGGACACCGAGGACCUAGAGAGGGACCAGCUGGUUGUCCCCGACGGGCAGGAGGAGGAGCAGGACGCUGAUGAGGAAGGGAGAAACCAGCAGAAGCUGGGAGGAGAGGAGGACUACAACAUGGACGAAAAUGAGGCAGAAUCGGAAACAGACAAGCAGGCAGCCCUUGCAGGGAAUGACAGAAAUCUGAAUGUUCUUAAUGCUGAAAAUCAGAAAGGCGACAUGAUAAAUUUACUUGAUCAGCGUGAAAAGAGGAAUCACACACUCUGAAUCGAUUGGAAUCCUGUACUUGAUGUCAGGAUUGAACAGAGAUCACUACAAAAUAUCUGUGAGGGGUUGAAUACUGUGAAAUGUACUAAGUAAAAUACACAUCUAAAGAUGAUUGUUGUGGAGUUUUAAUAUGUAUUUUAUGUAGGAAAAUGGUCUGUUAGGUGGUUUUUGGGGGGUAUUUUUGAAGUGUGUACCAUGGUGUCAAUUUGUCAGCUGAUAGGUAAGAGAAGAUCAACACCAAAAAUAGAACCCAAGGUUUCCUGCAAGUAUGGUGACAGUGGCACUUCUUCUGGAAUGUAACUUCGCUGAAAACAAUCAGAGCCUGUAGGAAGUGUCUGUCUUCUGACACCAAGAAGACCCACCACACCUGGGCAUUCUUCUCUGGUACCUCUGGUGUCCCCAUCACAUGCUGUGCUGAGCAGCAGGUACCAGCCUGGUAUCUCUGUUCUCCCCGAUCAGCAAUGAAUGAUUACUGGUUUAUGUUGUCAUGCGCUCACUUCGGGUUCAUUCUGUGGCCUAGAGCGCAAAACUGUUAACGCAAACAUCACUACCAACAGUUUUAAACAAGUCUGUAGACAGAGACAUUUUGUGAGAAAUUUUUAAAAGACCACUUGUAUAACCUUUGUCAUUAAUGUACAAAAAUGCUUCUAAGUGACUUAUAAUUUGAACAUUUGUGUUCUUACUUUGCUUAGUUAUGUGUGGGCAAAGCAAAAUUGUCUCUAAGAAGUCCGUAUUACCAAGAGCCACAAACGGAUUGACUUGCCACUACAGGGGCAGCAGCAGAGCUGUUCCUGGGGCUUUGGCAGAGCAUGGAGGGCAGCAAGGCACACGGUGGCGUGUUUACUGUGGACAGACUGCCCGUUCACUACAGGAGGACAGGAAGCUGACGCUUAAGGGUAUAUACAGUUGUUACACAGAUGGAAAGUUUAGAAAGGCCGGAGAAACGCAAGUUGUUUUUGGCAGUCUAUAUGUUUGGCUCGUAGUAGAGGACUAUUUUAAAAAGUGAUUUAAAAAUCAAUGUUAAUUUGAAAAGGACUAAUCCUAAUUCACAUUGAGCUGCUUCUCAGUAUUUCUGCUAAAUAGGCUCUUGCCACUUACGAAUGACUGGCAGAGUCACACUUGUGUGACUCUCAGGCCCUCUAAAGGGCAAGUGGGUGGUGAUGCUUAUUAGGAAAUGGGGGCCCAGAGAAGUUAGAGCCCUGCAGGCCAGACAGCUGGCAAGCUGGACACUGGCCCCUCAGCUGGUCUGGACUCCCCAUACCCCUGGCAGGCCCUGAAGGCAGGACCUGGUUUGUAUUCAGGUUAAGAUCUCCAAUGUGAAUGUUACUCACGUAGGGUAUCUUGUUAAUCACUAAGAUUAAACUCCUCCACCUGGAAAAGGCAAAGAAGGGUGUUAAACACAGUUUUGUAAGGUUUUAUCUAAGUCCUUGUCCAACUUCCCUUUGUGUCUUAGCCUUAGGGCUGAUAGUUUUGCUUUUUCAAUAAUUAAUAAAGUCUCUUCAUUUCACGUUUAA